ACCCCAAAAAAUAAUAGCAGCCCUUCAAAAUUUGAGUCUCUUCUCUUGUUCUUUUUCUUUCUCAUAAACCCUAAACCCUAGCCGAAGAGCUAGGACGACGAAGACGACGACUAAAGCCUGAUACCCUAGCCUCUCUCUGUCUGAGAAAUAAAACCUGCUCAUCCUCUGUUUCCACAGCUAUAAUGGCCGGUAAUAAGAAAAAGGGUGCUAAAUCACAAAAGUCCCCAUCUAAAAACAAGCAAAAGAGUGAGCUUUUUACUGCUAAGCUCGCAAAGGAAGAUGAAUUUUCCGAGCAUUCUGAUAGUCCGGACGAAGAAGUAGAGGAACAUGAGGUGUUUGACGGAGAUAAGCAAGAUUUUGGUUCGGGUUCAGAAAUCUCUUCUGAUGGGGAUGAUCCAUUAGCUGAUGAUUUCCUCCAAGGAAGUGAUGACGAAGAGAAGGGUUUGGGCUCAGACUUGGGUUCAGAUUCAGACGAAUCUGAUAUUGAGGAGAAGUCCAGAGCUAUUGAUGCUGAAAGGGAUAGGGCAGAAAAAGAAGCAGUGGAGGAAAUGCAGCUCAACAUUAAAGAGGAAUCUGAUGAGUUCAGAUUGCCAACCAAGGAGGAGCUUGAAGUAGAGGCACAUCGCCCCCCUGAUCUUCCAAAUCUCCAAAGGCGGAUAAAAGAGAUUGUUCGAGUGCUUUCGAACUUUAAGGCCUUGAGGCAAGAGGGGACAACAAGGAAGGAUUACAUCGAGCAGUUUAAGAAGGAUUUAAGUUCAUAUUAUGGCUACAAUGAUUUCCUAAUUGGGGCUUUAGUGGAGAUGUUUCCAGUUGUUGAACUUAUGGAAAUUAUUGAAGCCUUUGAGAAGCCUCGACCCAUAUGUUUGCGAACUAACACUUUAAAGACACGGAGGCGGGAUUUGGCAGAUGUUUUGAUAAACAGAGGAGUAAACCUAGAUCCCUUAAGCAAGUGGUCAAAGGUUGGACUGGUUGUAUACGAUUCACAAGUGCCCAUUGGUGCGACUCCUGAAUAUAUGGCUGGUUUCUACAUGCUCCAAAGUGCAAGCUCUUUUUUGCCUGUCAUGGCCCUUGCUCCUCAAGAAAAGGAACGAAUCGUUGACAUGGCGGCUGCACCUGGUGGCAAAACAACUUAUAUUGCUGCUCUUAUGAAAAAUAGUGGAAUUCUUUUCGCUAAUGAGAUGAAGGCACCAAGGCUUAAGUCACUCACUGCAAAUCUGCAUCGCAUGGGGGUGACAAACACUGUUGUUUGUAACUAUGAUGGAAGGAGGUUUCUCCCCAAGGUUUUGGGUGUCAACACGGCAGAUAGAGUUUUGCUGGAUGCCCCUUGUAGUGGGACUGGGGUUAUAUCUAAAGAUGAGUCAGUUAAAAACUCGAAAAGCUUUGAUGAAAUACAGAAAUGUGCCCACUUGCAGAAGCAAUUGAUACUUGCCGCAAUUGACAUGGUAGACGCCAAUUCAAAAACUGGGGGAUAUGUUGUUUACUCUACCUGCUCCAUAAUGGUUACGGAGGUUUGUUUAUAAGGACAACCUUGAAUAUUGGAAAUUACACUUGCCCCCUCCCCUCUUUUCUUUUCUUUCUCAUCAUCAGGUUGCAUCUUGCAGAAUGAAGCAGUUGUUGACUAUGCACUCAAGAAGAGGAAUGUUAAAUUGGUGUCUUGUGGGCUUGACUUUGGGCGUCCAGGCUUUAUUCGCUUUAGGGAACAACGCUUACACCCAUCUUUGGAAAAGACAAGGCGUUUCUAUCCUCAUGUUCACAAUAUGGAUGGCUUUUUUGUGGCAAAGUUGAAAAAAAUAAGCAAUUCAAAGCCAGCUGCAGAACCUGCUGAGCUCUCAGAAACGGUGGAGCAGCAAGUUUCAAGUACAAAUGAAAAUGACGGUGGAGAGAAUGCCGAGGAAUUGACAGCUGGAACUACGAAAGAAAUUGGGGCUUUGGAUAAUGGCGUUGUUGAAAAUGGCAAAGAAGAAUCACGGGCAGCUGCCAACCAGGGAAAGAAAAGGAAAUUCCCAUCAAGAGAGGAGAAGGGGAAGAAAACAACAUUUCCAUCAAGAGAGGAGAAGAGGAAGAAAAGGAAAUUUCCAUCAAGAGAGGAGAUCUCGAAAGCAAGGGAAGAGAAGAGAAGAGCUUUCAGGGAAAAAAAGGUUGCACGAAUCACCAGCAGCAGCAAGAGUCAUGGUGGUUAAUUUACUAAUGGGUAAGUUGUUCAAGCAGCCAGCAAGACUGUUUGCAUUGAAGGGGCGUUCACCAGAGAAGCUCACGUUCCCUUUUGCAAUGUGAUCGCAACAGAACUAGGAAAGGAUCUGGCUCAAGAAAUAUCUCCUGCUUAGUGCUUAUAAGUCUUUU